AUGUCUGGUCGUGGAAAGGGUGGUAAAGGUCUCGGCAAGGGUGGUGCCAAGCGCCACCGCAAGAUUUUGCGCGACAACAUCCAGGGUAUCACCAAGCCCGCUAUCCGUCGUCUCGCCCGUCGUGGUGGUGUUAAGCGUAUCUCGGGUCUGAUCUACGACGAGACUCGUGGUGUGCUCAAGCUCUUCCUUGAAAGCGUGAUCCGCGACUCGGUCACGUACACGGAGCACGCCAAGCGCAAGACGGUCACGUCGCUCGACGUCAUCUACGCUCUCAAGCGCCAGGGCCGCACGCUCUACGGUUUCGGUGCCUAA